CAACAGUCGGUGUUUUUUGAAUAGAGUAAGAUCAGUAAAUCGAAGAAUAGAGAAAACCAGGAAACGAUCUCUAAAAGGGUUGACGCUCGAAGGAAGUCGACAAAUCCUUCUCGCCGGUUUGGAGGGAGAACCUAAGAUGCAAACGGAGAAGAACGAGGAGAUGUCACCGAAGGACUUCAACAACUUAGCAACGGCGAUGCUGCAGGAGAACCUGCUGCAGCGGUCCAUCCACAACGUGGCGCUGACCCUUCAGAACGCAAUGGUGAAUUCCCUCCAUCAGGCGGCACUUCUGCCGCCGACCUCUGCAGCAGCCACGGCCCUCAACCUGCAAGCCCUCGAAUCGUAUCUCGCCUUGCAGCGACUCACCAUCCCCAACAACCGCAUCGAUAUCCUCAAGAUAGCGACCAACAGUGCGAAGAUCAACGAGACUUCCGAGGACACCAAGAACUUGACCGAAGACGUGGACCUCGCCGAAGAGGUCGAGGAGGAUCUAGCUCUGUUGGACAGCGAAGACAUACCAUUGGAGACGAACUACGCUAUUUACCCAGCGACGACGUCCGUCGCGGCUGCCGCCACCUCGACCACGCCAGCAGCUGGCGUCGCGACGCCGAACAGGCAGAAGGGCACUCGGCCCAAGAAACAGUUCAUAUGCAAGUUCUGCAGCAGGCAGUUCACGAAAAGUUACAACCUUCUGAUACACGAGAGGACGCACACGGACGAACGGCCCUACUCGUGCGACAUCUGCGGCAAAGCCUUCAGACGACAGGACCACCUAAGAGAUCAUAGGUACAUCCACAGCAAGGAGAAGCCCUUCAAGUGCACCGAAUGCGGCAAAGGAUUCUGCCAGUCCAGAACCUUGGCCGUCCACAAGAUCCUCCACAUGGAGGAAUCACCGCACAAGUGUCCCGUCUGCAGCAGAUCCUUCAAUCAACGUUCCAACUUGAAGACGCAUCUCCUCACGCACACCGACAUCAAACCUUACAAUUGCGCUGCCUGCGGUAAAGUCUUCCGACGGAACUGCGACCUCCGCAGACACAGCCUUACUCAUAACCUAGGAGCAGGAGCGGCGGCCGCAGCCGCUGCAGCAACCAUGUCCAAUCUGAUCACCAAUCCGAACUUCACCAUAGACAAUAUCAUCAGUAAAGCGAAAACGACCUAAUCCAAUAAAACAAGACACCAGCAAACAGAGCGAAAGAAAAGAAUUCUUUUGGAAAGAAAUGCUAAGCGAAAAAGUCUCGUUUCGUUUACUUGCUGUGAUAGAAGACGCGUGCAAUUUUGCUACGGUCGAUGCCAAAAAACUUAGGUCAACUUAAGUUUUCACAUUCUUGCUACGAUCGAUGCCAAAACAACUUAGGUCUGCUGGAACAUGACUUAGGUUUUCAGUUUAUUUUUUGCUACAAUCCAUGUCAAAAAGUAACUUAAGUCUACCUAAACGUGACUUAAGUUCUAAUAUACUUGCUACGAUUAAUGCAAACAAAAAGAACUUAGGUUCAUGAUUUAGGUUUACAACGAGGAAGGAAGAUCGUUUCAUAAUUUUUAUUAUCAACUGUUUCAAUGCACAUUGCCGUGAUUUGUGAGAAAUUUUCGUUGAGAACGAACGAAAUUCGUGUACAUAAUUAAUUUUAGGUGAACU